AUGGUUACCGCCGAAGCCAGUCCAGGUAUCCACAACGUCACUUCCAGCGGGACUCUGGUUACCAUGGCUACCGCCGAAGCUCUUCCGGAUAUCCACAACGUCACUUCCAUCAACAACAACGGCCCCGUAGCCGAGAAUGGAACGGAUCUGCACAGAAUCAGCACAAUCAGAGCUCCAGCAGCUACAGCCAGGGGCCCCUCUUCUCCAUCUUCUGGCCCUGUCAUGACCACAGCAGCCACCAUGACAGAUCCUCCUCGAACCGGCUGGACACCACCAGCUUCUGAUGAUGGGGACGACGCAGCGGACAUCACACCACCUCCACCACCGACUGAUGACAUCACCACAUCUCUUCCUCCAAGACAGCAGAGGACCUCCAGAGCUUCCGGGAUCAUCACCUCUGCUGCAACUGGAACAUCGCAGACGACUUCUCCUCACUCUUCUCAGCAGCCUCUCCAACCUGAGAGGGCAGCAGCUCCUGCCAUGGGGGACGACUUCAGCCUAGAGGACCUCAUCGAAGCAGAGAUCAACAGUCAGCGGGAAGCAGCAGCAGCAGCCUCCCCUCUGUCACAGGCCUCCAACUCAUCCCAGGUCAGCCGGCGGGCCCCACUGAGGCCCAGACUGAUGCCCCUGCACAGAAGGAUGCAGGCCAGCACACAGCGACGACUCACCUUCACCACCAGGGGGAGGCCUCCUGGUCCAGCUGCAGCAUCCGCCAUCAGUGGAAGCAGAGAACCCACACCUGCUCAGGGACACUGCGAGCUGCAGAAAGCGAUUUGA